AUGCCCGGCUCGUUGCGGGACCGUCACCGCGACAGGGAGGAUAACGGAAACGACAGCAACGACAGCAACAUCGAGCACAUCAUUCGCCGAGUGCUCGCCCUGGCUCUUCACAAGUUUGACAACGGGGGCGACACGAAUCGAGAGAGCAGCCGAGACGAUCGACCGCCAGCCGACCGCGGCGCCGGCGACAGCGACCUCGCCAAACUCGUGCUCGGCCAGGUGGUCCAGUUUGGCAUCCGGCGGUACCUCAAAAGCCGCGAAAAGAAGCGGGCCACGGCAGCCAAAGCCACGUCCAAGGCGAACAUGAGGAUACCGAGAUUCAGCCUGCCGGGGGCGCAGCCCGGAAGUCCACCGGGGCCCGUGCAGGCGGACAGAGGACUUGCCGAGAGAGGACUGCGUGAGGGCAACUUCGACGGAGGUCCGAACCAAUACUAUCCUCUACAACAACAGCAGCAACACCCAUAUCCUCCCCCACCGCACCAGCACCACCGCCGCCGCGACGACUUGGAAGACCGCCGGUACGAGCGCCGCGAGCGGUAUGAACGGCGACUCGAGCGGGAGCGUCUGGAACAGCUGGAGCGCGAGCGGCUGCGAGGGGGUGACCGUCCUGGUCGUUCGGAAGGGAUGCACCAGACACGGCAUCCUCACCAGUCGCCCUCAGAUCGCGCCCCAUCCUCUGAACAGCCACGGCUGCGACGGGUUCCACGGACGCCUCUUCCAAAGAGCUAUCCGACCUCGUCGUUUCCAGAGGCAAGAGAGCCUUUGAGAGAUUGGGGCGAACAGGGGGAAGAACAGCAGCAGCAGCAGCAGCAGCAGCAGCAGCAGCCACCAUCACAGCCCCCGCGAGACGUUGCCCGCGAGCAGAGGGCGUACCAGAGACGGCAAGAGUCGUUUGGUGCGACGCCGCGACCGUUUCCCGCAGAUCUGCUUGGAAGCGGUCCUGGUCCCGGUCGCGGCGGCCGAUACAGAUAUGCGAGGCUGCCAUCACAAGUAGACGACGAUGCCGUCCCGCACCCGCACCCGCACCCGCCACCUCCGCCACAGCCCUUUUCCUGGGAGUCGGUGCCCAUCUACCCGCCGCCCGCUCCGAGGGCGACCAAAAGACAAGCGCCCGAGUCCCGGCCAGCAGCCGCCCGCCCCGCCGACCUGCCCACGCCGCCCAUCUCGCCCCAAAAGACACCGGCCGCCACCGACAGGCAGGCGGCGCCCGCCGACGUCCACGCCCAUGUGCGCCGUGCGCUCGACGACCUGCUGGUGCAGCUCCGCCGGACGGACAGCGUCGUCUACCGCGCCAUGUACCGGCCGCCCGUCGUCGGGGACCACCAUCGCCUCCACCGGCACCACCAUCACAGCCACGAGCGAGGCCAGUUGCUCUUCCACGCAGCCGAUCUGCAGCGGUCGAUUGCACAAACCAAGGCCGAGAUACGGGGUCUGCAGGGUGUCCUGGGCAUGGCGAGCAGAGACGGGCCAGAAAGGGGCGGGCCAGAAGGGGACGAGCCCGACGGAAGACGAGAGGGGCGAGACAGGGGGAAAGAGGCGAGAAGAGGACGGGAGCAGGGACGAGACCAGGGACGAGACAAGAGACGAGAGAAGCAGGUGACGAUGCAAGUGCCCGGUGAGAAAGGAACAGAUGGGCAGUGA